AUGAAGUUUCUUGGAAGUUUUAUUUGGGCGGCCCUUGUCGGGGUCCUGUUAGUCGUCGGUGAUGUCCGGGCGGAGGACGACGGCAUCCUCGACUGCAUCCUGAAGGAGAACAGCGCCACCUGCGCGGCCGAGAGGGUCGCUAGGAAACUGGACGAGAUCGAGCUCGAGGUCGCCGGGAAGAAGAGCGAGGUUAUGACGAGUCAGGUUCUGGAGGAAGCCGGCGAGUUGAUCGGCGAGGGUGUCCGCGCGGUCUUGCCCGUAGGGAGGGUCGACUCCACCGAGGACGCCGAGGAGCCCGCGGACGAGGAAGAGGGCGGCCGGGAUAUCGGUGAGGCGCGCAAGAAGAAGUUCGGCAAGAAGAAGAAGAAGACGCUGCAGAAACUUCUGAUGGUGGCCAUGUUGUUCAAGUCGAAGAUCAGUCUCAUAUUGCAGCUGAUAACGACGCACUUGCAGCUCAAGUUCUUCGGUCUGGCAAUCCUCAGUUUGCUCUUGAACGCAGCUCGGUUUUGGAUCGACUUGAAGAAAUCUCAUCACCCGGCUAAAGUGAUUUAUUAUGAGCACGCCCAACAUCAGCAUCACUACGAUCAUGAAGACGACCACGGAUAUUGGGGAAGAUCGGCGGAUGAGCCUGCCGAGGAUAGAGCCUACAGUGCCUAUGCUCCCCAACAAUGA